ACCUCCAUUCCGUGGACUGUAUAAGUCGGCUGCAUCCGAGCUUCACCCUCAGCCCGCAGCCAUGGCCACUCGCCUCGCCAGGAUGCUCUCAUCGUCGUCGCGGGUGAUCUCGAAAUCGUCGUUAAUUAAUGGGUCAAGAGGGAACCUCUCGUCUCCGGUUCUGGGUCAUGGCGCGUCUGGACUCAGGUGGGCUUCAUCAUCUUCAUCAUCGGAUUCUUCUAAUUCCUCAUCUUCAAAGCGCGAAAAGAAGAUUACCGACCGCCUUUCCGCUGUGAUUGACGCCGUAAACGACCGCAAGCUCCCUCCCGAGCUCCGUGGGCAGCGUAACUCUGUCAGGUCAGAAACUGAUAUUAUGAAUAUAGUGGAGCAAAGAAUAUGGCAUUCGAUGGAAGAAGGUCAGUUUGAGAACUUACCGGGGAAAGGCAAACCCCUUAAUCUCAGCAACAAUCCUCAUGCAGAUCCAUCAGAAGAUACAUUGUAUAGAAUUCUCUCAAAAAAUGGAUGUGCACCCGAGUGGGUUGAACUGAACAAGGAGAUAAGGAGUAAAGUCUCUGACUGGCGAGUGGGCUUGAAGAAAGCAUGGAUGAGUAAAUGCAAUGGAGAUCACUCUAAAUGGGUGGAGUGUUCUGAAGCAUUGAAAUUUCAAUUGCGCGACAUUAAUGAUAAGGUUUUCCGGUAUAACCUCAUUGUUCCAUUCGGCCGCCAGAUGUUUGGACUUAAGUGGGAGAAGGAAAUAGCUCGCCUAGAAGAAUGAUAACAAUCCUUUUUUAAGAUGAGAUAUUAAAAUCUCAUAACAAAUGGAGCUCUAGUUUUAUAAACAAGGUCCUGGAGAAAGAUAUAUCUGUAGCUAUAUAUAUAUAUAUAUAUAUAUGUAUAAGGGUUAGUGUUUGUUCAUUUUAUCUCCAAAAAUUAAUAAAAAAAAAGACAAAAA